CUGGGAGGCUGGGAGGCUGGCACACACACACACACACACACACACACAGAGAGACACACAGAGAGAGAGAGAGAGAGACAGACGGACGGACAGACAGCAGCCGCUACAGGGAAGAUGGAGGAUGGUGUGUCUGCGGCGGAGCGGACCUCCAGCCUGCAGCAACGUCGCUGCUGAAAGCUGAAAGCAGGCUCUUCCCAACAGCCUUUGCCCUGACCUCAUAGAGGCGCCUGCUGAUGUCGGACUCCUUAAACUUUUCUCACUGACAUAGUUCAACCAACCAGAACCAGACAGCCAUGAACCCCCAGGAGACGGAGCUCGGCCAGGAGGUUAUGGAGGAGACCGAUGCCCCUCCUCGCCAUCGCCACAACAACCACAACGGCCGGUCCCGUAACCACAGCAACCAGGAAAAGCGCUACAGACGCUUCGAAGCCCCUGCUGGAGGAAGUGCUGGCAGCAGAGCGAGGGUGCCGCAGCAGCAGCGCAGGCCACAGGAGGAGCCAGACAUGGAGCUGCAACACGGAGCUCAGUCUCCGCAGCCCCAGCAGUCCCAGCCCAUUCCCCGACCCGCUGUGGCGCGUUAUCGCCGACAGGGGGACAGCGAGGCUCGGAUCAGAGCCCAGCAGCAGAGGCACAGACAGAGGCAGCAGAGAGAGGCGGAGAGAGCCCAACACUUAGCACAACAACAGGAAAAGCAGCACCACGCAGAGAUGGCCCAGGAAGAUGAACGAGAGAGGGACGAUUCGGUGCUCGCCCGCUCAGCGAGCACCGAGAGCGGCUUCCACACCCAUACCGACCGGGCCGAGGGGGACGACGGUCUGGUGAUGAUGUCUCUGGAGCCUGAGGGGCAGCCGGAGGCGGAGGACGAGGCGGGGAACUACGGAGUCCAGCUACGCCCGGAGGCGGAGGGGUACACUGAGAGUGCCGAGGCCGAACAGCAACAUCUCCAUCCACAUCCUGACUAUCCUCCUCAGCCCCCGCCACUGCCACGUGAACCCCUGCCUGAUAUCCAAAACCCCCAGAGACAGGACGAAGCAGAGGAGAUGCUGAAUGCCGGCUACUCCAACUACGUCUACGCCGAGCCCCUCAACCACUCCGGAGGAAGGGCCGACGUCUCCGCCGGUCAGAGCUUGGAGAGUUUAGACGGCGUUCUUGCGGACGAGGCCUACUCUGAGCCAUAUGACAUUUACUCACUCUCCGAGCAUGUUUACGAGGAAAUCUGCGAUGCUCCCGCUUCAGUUUCAUCUGCUGCCGACGGAACCGAGGACACCGAGGACAACGAGUCACUCCGACAGAGGCGGGCCGGCUUUCAGCUGUUGGAGGGCCCGGCGGGAGGUGGAGACUACCAUCAGCAGGAAGCGGUGGGCUCCCGUCUGCGCCACUACGACGAACGCUCGGACGGCGAGUCAGACAGCCCGGAGAAGGAGGCCGAGUUUGCCCCGUACCCCCGCGCCGACAGCUGCGACCAGGAUGAGGACAUCGACAGUAUCGUGGCGGAGGUCAAAGAAAGCCUAAGCUCUCAGAGUCUUCAUCGUGCCAUGGAAGACACCAUAGAUGAAGAAAGCGAGCUACAGCAGGGAGAAGAAAAAGCCGAAACCGAGUCCCAAACCGACUCUGACAAAAACCACAAAGUUGCCAACCCAGGGAAGCCAGCCAGGAAGCAGGCGGGGAGUCCUUCAGAGGAGCUUGUAGCCGUGAGGAACAGUCAGGAGAAGAGGGACGCCAUAUCCCUGGCCAUCAAGGACAUUAAGGAGGCCAUAGAAGAGGUGAAGACCAGAACGGUCAGAUCUCCAUACACACCUGAUGAGCCCAAGGAACCCAUUUGGGUAAUGAGGCAGGACCUGAGCCCCACUGCCGAGUGUGACCUGCAGCCAUCACUGGGGGGCGAUUCCCCUGGUUCUGGCUCGCCCUCUCCUCCAGGAGCAGAGUCAUCCAGCAGCAGUCAUCUGCUGCAGGAUGACAGCUUUGAAUCUUCUCCUUCCAGUAAAGAGUCCAGGAGAAGCCUUGCAUCCUUCCCCACAUAUGUAGAAGUCCCAGGCCCAUGUGACCCAGAGGACCUGAUCGAUGGCAUCAUUUUUGCAGCCAACUACCUGGGCUCCACCCAGCUGCUGUCGGAUAAGACACCCUCCAAGAACAUCCGCAUGAUGCAGGCACAGGAGGCCGUCAGCCGCAUCAAGACGGCCCAGAAAUUAGCCCAGAACAGGAAGAAGGCCCCUGAGGGUGAGCCUCAGCCCAUGACAGAAGUGGAUCUCUUCAUCUCCACCCAGAGAAUCAAAGUGCUCAACGCUGACUCCCAGGAGACAAUGAUGGACCACCCUUUGCGGACCAUCUCCUACAUUGCCGACAUCGGCAACAUCGUGGUUCUGAUGGCCCGGCGCAGGAUGCCUCGAUCCGACUCUCAGGAGAAUGUGGAGGCCUCAGACCCGGGUCAAGACACCAAGCGCCAGUACAAGAUGAUAUGCCACGUGUUUGAGUCCGAGGAUGCCCAGUUGAUUGCCCAGUCCAUCGGGCAGGCCUUCAGUGUGGCGUACCAAGAAUUCUUACGGGCCAAUGGCAUUAACCCCGAGGACCUGAGCCAGAAGGAGUACAGUGACCUGCUCAACACUCAGGACAUGUACAAUGAUGACCUCAUCCACUUUUCCAAGUCUGAGAACUGCAAAGACGUGUUCAUAGAGAAAGCUAAAGGGGAGAUUCUGGGCGUGGUCAUCGUGGAGAGCGGGUGGGGCUCCAUCCUGCCCACUGUCAUCAUUGCCAACAUGAUGCAUGCUGGGCCGGCCGAGAGAUCUGGCAGACUGAACAUAGGAGACCAGAUCAUGUCCAUUAAUGGGACCAGUCUGGUGGGACUGCCACUGUCCACCUGCCAGAGCAUCAUCAAGGGUCUGAAGAGCCAGUCUGGGAUCAAGCUAAACAUUGUCAGAUGUCCCCCAGUGACCACUGUACUCAUCAGACGGCCAGACCUCCGCUACCAGCUGGGCUUCAGCGUCCAAAAUGGCAUUAUCUGUAGCCUUAUGCGUGGUGGCAUCGCUGAACGUGGCGGGGUCAGAGUGGGUCACCGCAUCAUCGAGAUCAACAGCCAGAGCGUGGUGGCCACGCCCCAUGAAAAGAUUGUCCACAUCCUGUCCAACGCUGUGGGAGAGAUCCACAUGAAGACGAUGCCUGCAGCCAUGUACCGCCUGCUGACCGCCCAGGAGCAGCCUGUUUACAUUUAACAAGACAAAGCCCUGACCUCACGCACCCUUUAAACUUCCUGCAGAUCGACUGACCGUCACCCCCCCCAAGCCGACCCACCUUCUGCCCAGACCCAGUGCUCAUCCUGUCCCCUUCUAUUCACCGCUGAUGGUUAGUAGGAUUGUUCUGUUGCUCAGCCUCGUCUUCAAGUGACAACAAUAUAGAGAAACCCCCAAAUUAUCCAUCAUGUUGUCACUAAAAGAUUUGUUUUCUUACUUUAGCUAAAUGUACAAUUGGUAAAAAGGGGUGUUUAACACCUGAUGCAUUUUCAGCGACCCAGUAUAGUGCCCCAGAAUCCUAAAAAUGUUCUUCCUGGUUCACUAUUGAUGUUUUGAAAACUCAACACAUUUCACACUUUUUAAAACAUGGGAGCACUAUAACAAUUCCUAAGUGUAUCUUUAAUGUUUCGGUUUAGGCGACUAGGACAGUUUGGUGACAAAUUUUGGUCAUUGUUAAAUAAGGAAAAUGAGAAGCUCUCACACACUAGAAACCUUACGUUUAAUGUGCAGGAACUGAACCAUGAUUGUGGACUUUGAAGGCAAUCUGCACAUCCGAAACCUGACCUUCACACCCUGACUGUACUUUCUGCCAUGCUGCUAUUUCACUGUGUCUUGUUAUAUUUCCUCCACCAAAUCAUUAUUUUUUUCUCAGUGAUCAUGUUGUAGCUACAUUUCAUGGGACCAAGCUUUGCCUUUGCUCUCAGCUCUCCCUCCCUGCUACUGUAAUCCACUCCCAAUUACUGUACAUUGGUGUUCUUUGCACAACACAGAAGCUCUCCACAGAGGGAGUAUAUGUGAAUCUUGCUGACAAAUGAGUGUGUGAGCACACAACCCCCUCCUCGUCACAUUCCACACGUUGUAAGGGAGUUGACGCAUUAGCUCCUUUUUGCACUUCAUAAUUUCCAACAGGAAAGCUUUCCAAACUCAACUGUAGUCAAUUGUUAACAGCAGUUGUUGUGUUUCCAUUGCAUUUGGUUUCAUUU